GUUUGUCAUGCUAUUUCGCUCUUUCGUGUUUGUUACUGAUAAGAAAUCCUCGUGGAAUUGUAUUUUUUGGGCAAAGUGCGGCAUGAAAUGUCUCUAUUUGUAUACUAGAGUGUCUACUGUGUAUUUCUGAGUGUUAAUUUUUGGUCAAAACCAUCAAAACGAAUGGUAAAAUUGAUGUGAGUGAGCAUAGAAAAAAAAUUGAAUUUUUGGAACACUAAAAUUCCGGAGAGUCACCUGCAUGCAAUGCGGAUUAUGCACCAAGCUUCCCUGAGAAAAUCAGAUCAAGAAAACAACAGUAAUAUGGGCAGUGAGAUGGAAUAUGAAAAUGCGGAGAAUGCACUCGAUUCGAGCGGCAGCAACCACGAAGAAAAUCAAAAUGGCGAGGACGCCACAGACGUUCAGGAGGCUGCCAUUGAUGUUCCGGACGAUGAUGAUGAGGAAGUGAAUGAUGAUGAGGAGGAGGUCAAUGGUGAUGAUGAUGAGGCAUCUGAGAAAGCUGUGUCCGAGGGGAGCCCCAAGGAGAAAGCCAAGAAGGCCGGGCGGCCCAAGGGAGGCAAAGACAAGGAGAAAAAGAAGCGCGGCCGCAAGCCUAAGGCCAACGGCGUCAAGAAGACGCCCAAGAAAUCCGCCAAGGAAAAUAAGGCCCAAAAUGAUCAGGAUGAUGACGAAGAGGAAGAGUAUGAGGUCGAAGACAUCGUCGAUCACAAAGUUGUUCGCGGUAAAACUCAAUACCGCAUCAGAUGGAAAGGCUGGGGUGAGGAUGAUGAUACUUGGGAGGCUGAGGAUACCCUCUCUUGCCCGGAUAUCGUUGCGCGAUACAAGAAAAAGGUGGAGAAAGAGGAUGGCAAGAAGUCAAGCCCAGGUAAAAAGGGCCCCAAGCGUAAGGGUAUUCCGAUCAAGAUCCAACCUAAGGCCAAACAGCAAAAGGUUGAUGAAGAAAAUCCCGAUAAAGAAUGGGAAGUUGAUCGAGUAAUGGACAUUCGCUACAAGAAGAAUAAGUCCCGUGAGUUCUUGAUCAGAUGGAAGGGCUGGGGCUCGGCUCAUGAUAGUUGGGAGCCAGAGAAACAUGUGAAUUGUCCGGAAUUGGUGAAGAAGUUAUUGGACAAGUUGGACAAUGUCAAGAGCAAAGCACCCAAGCAGUUGCGUGAGCAGCCGAAGAAGGCCGAACGCUACUCUACAAAUGUUAAAUCUAGGGGUGUCCGCACAUCACGCAGGCACAACAACAAACAGAGGAAGACCUACUACGAUGCCGAAUAAUUAAAAUUUAAAAAGAGAAAAAAUAAUAAAAAAAAGAAGUAAAUAAAACGAGAAAAGAAAAAAAUAAACAAAAAAAUGAAGUGGGAUUUAAUUUUAGUUCAACCCUGAUUGAAAACAAGAAAUAAAAAACAAAAUAACAUAAUCUUUCAAUCAACAAAUUUAUUAUAAUAAGAUUUUUUUGUUUCUAAAAAGAAAAAUGAUGAAGAAUAUUAAAUGAUUUAAUAUUAGGUUUGUUUUAAGACAUUUUCUUAUAUUCACGUAAAACAAUUAUUUCUUUCCAUUGUAGAAGUGGUAUAAAUUCAAUAAAAAAAAGAUGAAAAGAAACAACUGAAAUUCAACGUGCAAUUCAGUACUAAAACUUUUUUUUGUCAAAUAUUUGCAAAUUCCGUUUGAAUUACUUUGAAUUGAAGAAAAAAAAUGCAACAAACAUAUUUAAUCAUUCACCACAAAAUUGGCGACCUACAUUUUACAAAAAAAGGAAAAGGUAUAUAUGAAAAAAAAAUAUGAGAAAUAUUUUUUAGCCGCAUAUUUGUAGAAUUAAUUGAUAAUUUUUUUUUUGGCUUAAGUUUUCAUUUCUUUAUGAUUUUCUUUGUUUCUAGUAGAACACACGGAAUUCUUGAAACUGAUACAAUUAGCCAUAGUAUAAAUUUUUGAUGAGAAUUAAAUGUGUGCUUCUUUGAGAAAAAAAAUUACAAAAAAAAAUACUGGAGUUCUUUUUACUUUGUUUCUUUAAUUCGCUUUUUUAUUUUAUUUACUUUUUAUAAUUGAAUUUUAAGACUUUUUUUUCCUUUCAAUCUUCAAUGGAAGUUGCAGCACUGUAGAAUGGAUUUUCAGCAAAGCAUUUGCGUGAACAACAUUCUGUAUUUUUUCAAUUAUAUUAUUUUCUGUUUUGCGAUUAAAGUAAAUUGAAUAUCAAAUACAAAA